ACAGAUACAUCUCGUACCUAUAAAUAGCUGACACUUACAUUGACAUAUUAAAAUGUAUUCAUAUGUUACGUCAUACUUCAUUCAUCGAAAACUACUGCAGUGAUUAUUAUUCCACUUUCUCUGUAUGACGAAAUGUCUAAUUGCCUGUAUAUACAUAUAGUUUCUACACACAUAGAUCGGUCUUGCAAAAUAUAAUAUUUCAGGGUCAAGUUUUCGGUCAAUUAUACUAUACUAGAAAGAGACAUCAGAUUCUUUAAUCCACUUUCUACGUAUGCAAAAGAGUUCUACGUGACUGUUUUCUUUUCUUGAAUGAAAACGCACAGGAUAUCCCAAAGUUUCUAUCGUAUGUGAUACACGUAUUGUUAAAUAUCCAUGCGUCUAAAAAACGAUUUAACUCUCUCUGCAUUCGAAUUCAACUUCACAAUUUUUCUAGCAAGCAAAGCGUAGGCAAAACGCCCUUCACGCGUCUGACAAAAACAAAUAAUUAUAAACAUUACUUAUAGACGUGCCAAAUAUCCGUCUAAAUAUGAAUAUUCAUAUUUUCCUUAUAACAAUUUUCUAAAGAUUAUUUUAUAUGGAAAUUGAUGGAACAGAAACUGAACACAUUCAAAACAAGGUCAAAAGUUCGAGAACCUCUUACAUGCGGAUUCUUACGCGAGAAGAUUCGAUUUCCAUUUGGCAACGAACGGAAUUGUCAACGCUCACAGAAGGAUAAUCCGAUACCACUGACCAAAAUACUUCUAGUCAUCCGGUGACCGGUACCGACAGGUGGGGAAGAUUCAAGGAAGGGAGACCUUUAAAGCGAAAGAGAGAGAGAGAGAGAGAGACAAAGAUCGGAGGAACAAAACGGUAAUCCCGGGUGGCAAAGUCACCGCGGAUCGACCGCAAGCGUCGAUCACCAGUUACCGAAAUGUACGCGUCGCAGAGAGACAUCCCCGAGAUGCGUGUCUUCGCGCUCGUGACGGUCUUCGCCGCGUUCCUGAUACCACGGGGCUGCGCCCAUAUAAUCGCCUGGAGGGAGAUGCGACGGGAAGGGCCGAUUCGCGACGCCAUCGAGAGCGGCGCCGCCGCCGAGUACAACAAGGACGAUUGCGUCUGGAGACGAGGAAACGACCGGGACGUUUGUCCCGAUCCGGACGUACACGUGUAUCUUUACACGCCGGGCCAACCACGACGGAUCCUAGAUCCCUCGGAGCAGUCCGACUGGCUGCGUCAGGAUUACGAGCCCGUCAGGGAUAAUGUGAUCCUGAUUCACGGAUACGCAGGUGGCGACAAUACGUUGCCGAUCGCGAUUUUGCGCGACGCUUACUUAAGGAACGGUAGCUACAACGUGUUCCUGGUCGAUUGGGGUGCGUUAUGCGCACGACCGUGUUAUCCGGCCGCAGUGGCGAAUAUACGACCGGUAGCGAAGUGUCUUGCCGGCACUCUCACGACCUUGAGAAACCUUGGCUUGCAGAUCGCGAAGACUACCUGCAUCGGGCAUUCCUUAGGCGCUCAUAUCUGCGGCACCAUGGCUAAUUACCUGCUCUUCAGGAUGUACAGGAUAAUCGGCUUGGAUCCCGCCCGUCCGCUUGUCCGGCCAGGUUUGAUAAAUCGUUUGGAUGCCGGUGAUGCCGAUUUCGUCGAGGUGGUACACACCAACGCCGGAUAUUACGGCGAGGUCGGCCGCGUUGGUCACGUGGACUUUUGCGUCAACGGCGGCAAGGUGCAACCCUUCUGCCAGGACAGGGAGAUGUUUCAUCUGUGCAGUCACGUGUGGUCCGUUUGCUUCAUGGCGCAGAGCAUAGACGACGAUGGCGCGAGCAUGAUGGCUGAAUCCUGCUCCAGGAGGUGCCCCUCGGGUCCGAGGAUCGCCGCCAAGGCGGGCGAGUACGUGACGAUGGGUCAACACACCCCAGUCAACACCAGAGGAUCCUUCUGCUUCAGCGAAAUCAAUCCGCCAUAUUGUCCGAAAUAUUGGAAGGGUCGCGGCGACGAGAGAUGUUGCGUACCGGAAUUGACGAAUAACGAAGAAGUAGAAGAGAAUAACGUGAAGUAUGAUAACACGACGAAGCGUUCUUUUAUGAAACAAUUGAACUUUGAGCUUGACUUAAGAAUACAGCCAAAGCGUGUAAAUUAAAAAAC